AAUUAUUACUAUAUAUACUGCCAAACAUAAACGUUUCCCCAAUUUUGUUUUCCCCCCUUUAUUUUGGUGGGUUUUGGUAGAUUUCGAGGGGAAAAUCAGGAGAUUCAUUGAAACCAAAAGAUGUUAGAGCAAUUGCUGAUAUUUACGAGGGGAGGAUUGAUCCUCUGGACGUGUAAAGAGCUUGGGAAUGCUCUUAAAGGGUCACCGAUUGACACCUUGAUCCGGUCUUGUCUUUUGGAGGAACGCUCUGGUGCAGCGUCAUAUAACUAUGAUGCUCCAGGUGCUUCUUAUACCCUCAAGUGGACCUUUCAUAAUGAGCUUGGCCUUGUAUUUGUCGCUGUGUAUCAGCGCAUUCUCCAUCUUUUGUAUGUGGAUGAUCUUCUUGCACUGGUUAGGCGUGAGUUUUCUGAGAUCUAUGAUCCAAAAAGGACGGCCUAUAAUGACUUUGAUGAAAUUUUUAGGCAACUUAGGAUGGAAGCUGAAGCUAGGGCUGAGGAGCUUAAGAAAUCAAAACAGAUGGUUAAGCCUGUCAAUAACGGUAAGAAGCAAGGGCAGCAGGCCCAGAAAGUUGGCUUUGAUAAAGGAAAUAAGAAGCAGGGUAACUUGGCUGCUGAUGGUGGAGAUGAUGAUAAAGGGAAGGGUCGUAAAUUGGGGAAUGGGCACUCCAAUGGUAAUAAUUUUGAGAGUGAAGAACCUAGGAUGACAGCUGUUGUAAAUGGUAAAGAAAACACUAGUUCCAAUGUUAGUGCUUUUGAUGUAACUAAGCUUCAGAAAAGAACUAAAAGUGGAAAGAAGACUGACACUGUAGUUAACAAGGGUUCCAAGGUGGACCCUAAGAAAAAGGUUACCAAGAAGAAUAGAGUUUGGGAUGAUGCUCCUACAGAGACAAAAUUGGACUUUACUGACCCAGUGGAUGGAAAUGAGAAUCAAGAGGUUGUUGCAGCAAGUCAAGGUGAAAGUAUGAUGGACAUGGAAGAGAUUAUUGGCAGUGAUAGUGAAAGUGAAGAAGAUGACGAUCUGCAGAAGGAUAGCAAGCCUGAAGCUAAGAAAAAGGGCUGGUUUUCCUCUAUGUUCCAGAGUAUUGCUGGAAAGGCAAAUUUGGAGAAGGAGGACCUGGAACCAGCUUUGAAGGCUCUGAAGGAUAGGCUUAUGACCAAGAAUGUGGCUGAGGAGAUAGCAGAGAAGCUUUGUGAAUCAGUAGCUGCAAGUCUUGAAGGGAAAAAACUGGCCUCAUUCACAAGGGUCUCAUCAACUGUGCAGGCUGCGAUGGAAGAAGCCCUUGUUCGUAUUUUAACUCCUCGGCGCUCCAUUGACAUACUGAGGGACGUGCAUGCUGCCAAGGAACAGAGGAAGCCCUAUGUUGUUGUCUUUGUUGGUGUUAAUGGAGUUGGGAAAUCAACAAAUCUGGCCAAGGUUGCAUACUGGCUUCUACAGCACAAUGUUAGUGUUAUGAUGGCCGCUUGUGAUACAUUCCGUUCUGGAGCCGUUGAGCAAUUGAGAACACAUGCACGUAGACUCCAGAUUCCUAUAUUUGAGAAAGGUUAUGAGAAAGACCCUGCAAUUGUAGCAAAGGAAGCAAUUCAGGAGGCCACUCGUAAUGGUUCAGAUGUUGUUCUCGUUGAUACUGCUGGUCGUAUGCAGGAUAAUGAACCGUUAAUGAGAGCCCUUUCGAAGCUUAUAUACCUCAAUAAUCCGGAUCUUGUCUUAUUCGUCGGAGAGGCACUAGUUGGGAAUGAUGCUGUUGAUCAAUUAUCAAAAUUCAAUCAGAAAUUGGCCGACCUCUCCACCUCUUCUAAUCCGAGAUUGAUAGAUGGGAUUUUGCUUACGAAGUUCGAUACCAUUGAUGAUAAGGUCGGGGCAGCGUUGUCGAUGGUCUACAUAUCGGGAGCACCGGUCAUGUUCGUCGGGUGUGGCCAGUCGUAUACGGACCUGAAGAAGCUUAACGUCAAAUCGAUCGUCAAGACACUGCUGAAAUGA